AUGAGGCUCAUGGAAUAUUAUCCAUCGGUUUGUUCUGACUUUCCUAUUGAAGCUUCAAUGAUGAAAAUAUUAGGCUCCGAUGAAGAAUUCAUGUUAAAGGCUGGCAUGUAUUGUUGUGAAUUGAUUGACUUGGCUAGCGAUGAUCUUCGUGAGAAGCUUGCUUUAAAAGCUGUACAACACAAUGGAAUGGCAAUGGAAUAUUUCAAUGAUGAUGAAAUUGUAGAGUAUGGAUUGUUGUUAGAAGCUGUUAAACAAAAUGGGUAUGCUCUGAGUUGUGUUUCAGAUCAUGGUUUGGUCACUUAUGAUGUUUGUAAGGAAGCUAUUAAGAACGAUGGAUCAGCUUAUCAAUUUGUGGAUUCAUGUGGACAUGCUUGUACAGAGCUAUUUGAAAUUGCAUGUAUUGAUGAUCCUUAUUUGGAAAAUGAUGAAUAUUAUAUCAGUCAAAGUGUGGGAAAGUACGUGGCUUUGAAUUCAGGAGUUUUUGCGACUGGUCAGCAUUACCAAACGAAUAUGGAUUUUCUUAAACGAUUAACAAAAGAGCAUCCAGAUCUAAAUAUCUUUGAACUGGACCUAGAUGCCAGUGACGAACUGCAAAGAAUAUCUGUAAAAUAUAGUCAGAAUCCAUUGGAUGACUGGCAGUUCCGACAACCAUUUUAUGUGAACACAAAAGAUUUCUGCCGUAUGGUGAGACAUUGUGGGGAAAUGUUGUUUUAUGCAGAGAAUCAAACCAGAGAAAUGGUUUUACUUGCCCUAAAGAAUAAUGGAGAGGCUAUUCAAUUUGUGAACAAUGAAUUCCUCCGAGACAACGAAAUCAUUUUGGAAGCUAUCAAAACCUUUCCAUAUGCAAUUCAAUAUUCGUGUGAUGAACUAUAUCAGGAUAGAGAUUUCAUUUUGGAAUGUGUAAAUGAAAAUGGAGAAGUUUUGAGUUAUAUUUGGGAAGAUUAUGGAGAUGAUCGUGAAAUUGUAUUGAAUGCAGUAAGAAAUUGUGGGCUAUCUUUGGAAUAUGCCUCAGAAGAGCUUCAGGCAGAUAAGGAAAUUGUUUUGGCAGCCGUUUCCAAUGAUGGAAGUGCUAUUGUGUAUGCUGAUCCUGAUUUACAAAAUGACUGGGAAGUUCUAUCCAUGACAACAUCCACUCACACCAAUGCAAUAGAAUAUAUUAUGGAAAGAGAGGAUGACAUUAAGAAGGCCACACUUUUAUCACGAGAAAAUGUUCCAUUAAUUUUAGAGAAAAUGAAAGAUUUUGGUAAUGUUGACAGAAACAUGCUAUUGAAUGCACUCAAAAAAAACUCAGCACUUUUCCAGCAGAUUCCAGAGGAGUUGAAAAGUGAUAGAGAGUUUAUUUUGGAGACUGUUAAAGGUAAUGGAUUUGUACUCCAGCAUGUAUCUGAUACAUUCAAGGAUGAUCUAGAAAUUGUUACAGAGGCUGUGAAGGAUAAUUCUUAUAGCAUUGAGUAUGCCUCAAAUAGAUUGAAACAAAAUUGGAGACUCAGAAAACUUGUAAAAGAACUAGAUGAGAGGGAAUACAAAGAUUGGUUUAAUUAUUGGGGUACAAGAAGUGAAGUAUAUGAUAUUCCAAAACCAAAACGAUACAGAGAGGAAACUAAGGAGUUUGAUGAAGUAUUUGAUUCUGAUAGCGAAUAUGCUGAAUAUUAUUCGAGUGAAUCAGAAGACGAAGAGGAAUCACAAUCAAAAAAGAGAAAGAUGGACGAGUUGCUCAAUAAUGUAGAUUAA